AUGAGUGGAGCUGUUCUUGUUGCCAUAGCUGCUGCUAUCGGUAACAUGCUACAAGGAUGGGAUAAUGCUACCAUUGCAGGAUCACUUUUGUACAUAAAGAAGGAGUUCAAAUUGGAAAGUGAGCCGACGGUAGAAGGUCUAAUCGUGGCCAUGUCACUGAUUGGAGCGACACUGGUGACCACAUGCUCAGGAGCUGUGUCGGAUAUGUUGGGCCGCCGUCCUAUGUUGAUAAUCUCCUCUCUCUUUUAUUUUUUGAGCUCUCUCGUUAUGUUGUGGUCUCCAAAUGUUUACAUUCUCCUCUUUGCAAGGCUCAUAGAUGGCCUGGGCAUUGGUUUGGCUGUCACCCUGGUCCCUCUCUACAUAUCCGAGACUGCUCCACCUGAGAUUCGUGGACUGCUCAACACGCUUCCCCAGUUCACUGGCUCCAGCGGAAUGUUCCUCUCCUAUUGUAUGGUCUUUGCCAUGUCACUUACCAAGGCACCAAGCUGGAGACUCAUGCUCGGUGUUCUUUGGAUUCCCUCUCUCAUUUAUUUUAUGCUCACACUCUUCUUCUUGCCCGAAUCUCCAAGAUGGCUUGUCACCAAAGGCCGGAUGCUUGAGGCCAAGAAGGUUCUGCAGCGGCUUCGUGGCAGGGAUGAUGUCACCGGUGAGAUGGCUUUAUUGGUUGAGGGUCUUGGAGUGGGGGGUGAUACGACUAUAGAGGAAUACGUAAUUGGUCCAGUCAAUGAAUUCAGUGAUGUGGAGGAUCCAUCAGCCGGAAAAGAGCAUAUCAAAUUGUAUGGGCCAGAUCGAGCUCCAUCCAUGAUUGCGAAACCCGCAUCUGGACAAAGUUCCAUUGGCCUUGCAUCUCGAAAGGGAAGCAUAGUAAAUCAGAGUGCUCUAGUAGAUCCUCUAGUGAAGCUCUUUGGUAGUGUCCAUGAAAACAUCCCAGAAACAGGAAACACCCUUUUUUCCAACUUUGGAAGUAUGUUUAAUGUUGGAGGAAAUCAGCCUAGGAACGAAGAUUGGGAUGUAGAAGAAAGCCUUGCCAGAGACGGUGAUGAUGUGUCCAAUGCUGCUGCUGGUGAUGCCGAUGACUCUUUGCACAGUCCACUCAUCUCACGUCAACCAACAAGUGGUAUGGAUAAGGACGCACCUGCUCCUCCCCAUGGUAGCCAAUUAAGCAUGAGGCAAGCCAGUAAUUUGCAGGGGAAUGCUGGAGAACCCGUUGGUGGUAGUACAGCCAUUGGUGGUGGUUGGCAGCUGGCAUGGAAGUAUUCUGAAAGAGAAGGGCCAGAUGGGUCAAAACAGGGUGGUUUUCAAAGAGUCUAUUUACACCAAGACGGGACCCUUGGAUCCAAGCGCGAGUCUCAGCUUUCACUUGUAGGUGGCGGUGAUGGGCUGACAGAUGGCGAGGUUGUUCAUGCGUCUGCUCUGGUCAGUCAGCAAGCCCUUUACAACAAAGAGCUUAUGAAUCAGCAGCCAGUAGGACCAGCUAUGAUUCAUCCAUCUGAAACAGGUGCAAAUGGGCCUAGUUGGAGUGAUCUUUGCGAACCUGGAGUGAAGCAGGCGUUGAUUGUGGGUGUGGGGCUUCAAAUUCUUCAGCAGUUCUCUGGUAUAAAUGGGGUUCUCUACUACACACCUCAGAUUCUUGAGCAGGCAGGAGUUGGUUAUCUUCUUGCAAGCUUGGGCCUUAGUUCCACUUCUGCGUCGUUUCUUAUUAGCACUGUGAUAACCUUGUUGAUGCUACCUUGUAUAGCUGUUGCCAUGAGGCUCAUGGAUAUAUCGGGCAGAAGGGCUUUGCUGUUGAGCACAAUCCCGGUCUUGAUAGCAUCUCUUCUGAUAUUAGUGCUAGCGAGUUUUGUGGAUUUGGGGAGUGCCGUGAAUGCAGGAAUCUCAACAGCAAGCGUGGUUGUGUACUUCUGCAGCUUUGUGAUGGGAUUUGGACCGAUUCCAAAUAUCCUCUGCGCGGAGAUCUUCCCCACGCGAGUUCGGGGUCUCUGCAUUGCCAUAUGCGCUCUUACCUUCUGGAUUUGUGAUAUCAUCGUCACCUACUCUCUCCCAGUUAUGCUCAACUCCUUAGGCCUUGUAGGUGUUUUUGGUAUCUAUGCGGUUGUGUGCACUAUAGCCUGGGUAUUUGUCUUCUUGAAAGUCCCAGAAACCAAGGGCAUGCCACUAGAAGUCAUCAUAGAGUUCUUCUCUGUCGGGGCAAAGCAGGCACAAGCUGCCAAUAAUAUCUGA